AUGCCUCCUGCUGAAUACCACGCCACCUUCUCGAACUCGCACAACCACGGACUACAAGUCGGCAACAACGCUGGGAAGAUCGAGACCGCCCACCACCACUAUCCCGUCGAGCGUCCCGAGACUCCAUCCAGUCCGAUACUGUUGAUCCCGUUCGGGCGCGACCCAGAUUUUGUCGACCGUGGGACGAUCCUGCAUCAACUCCAUCAUCGAUAUGCUGCUCCAGGGUCCCGGACUGCGCUGGUAGGGUUGGGUGGUGUCGGCUGGCCUAUUAGUCUUGGGGAAGCGGCAAGAAAGUGGGCCGAUGGUGAUGAGCAAUUGUGUGAACUGGGAUUUGCAAGCAAUACCAGGACAAAGGCAGAGAUUGGAAGAGAGUUGGGUUGGACACCGAAGAAAACAAGGGCUGAUUGGGAGCAAUCCAUCGUUGAAGAGUUUCGAGAACUCUUGAAAAAGAUCAAAUCGACAUAG